AAGCGAUCAUGGGUUCUUCUUCUAGAAAUCUUUAUGCAGAGAUUGGAGAAGGUCAAUCAACUACACGGCCACCUCUUUUUGAUGGAACCAAUUAUACAUAUUGGAAAGAACGAAUGAGAAUCUAUAUUCGUUCCACGAACUUCCAAUUAUGGUUGGUUAUCAAAAACGGGGAAAUGGUGCCGAUGAAGAAAGUCGGAGACAAGUUGAUCCCCAAGACCGAAGACGAGUUUGAUGCCGAGGACAUAAAAAAGGUCGAGAAUUACGCAAAGGCAACAAACAUGCUUUAUUGUGCCGUAAAUCCCGACGACUACCGCAAGAUCUCCUGUUGCUCAACCGCCAAGGAGAUGUGGGAUAAACUUGAGGUGACGUACGAAGGAAAGGACCAAGUACGUGAAGCCAAGAUUGACUUCCUCACCCAAGAAUAUGAGAUGUUCAGGAUGAAGGAGCACGAGAAGAUUGACGACAUGUUCGACCGAUUUUCCAAGAUAGUCAACGAUCUUCAUGCAUUGAAGAGGACUUACACCGACAAGGAUCUUGUACGAAAGAUCCUACGGAGCUUAACAUCCGAAUGGCGAUCUAAGGCCGAUGCCAUCUAUGAGUCAAUCGGCACAUCAAAUGUCACCAUCGACGGUUUAAGAGGAACGGUCCAAAGUGAAGAAAUCCGGAAGUCAGGAGGAACCAGCGAUGGGUGGGUUAUACCAUCGCUGGGAGGGAAGCUUCUUGCUUUCAAAACCCCUCUUCCCAUCGAUGGGAACUUCCCCCCAUCGAUGGGUUGUUGACUCUAUUGUUUUUUUUUUAAAAAUGGUUAACAAAUUUCCAGAACACCU